AUUCUCUAACGGUGUUUACGCACAAUCCGCGCGAGAGCCGCUUCCUGCCGAGUGUUCGCGCAGCCUUCGGUUUAUUGUCUUCUUUCUGUUUCUGUUCUGAAACUGUCCGCGGAGGAACCUGACAGGCUCCUGAAGUGUUUUUAACAAAGAGAACUAAUCCUCCGCUGAGAGAUCUGGGGUUUGUGAAGCUCCGCGAGGCGGCAGGUCUCAGCAUGCCCGUGAAGAGUGAGGAGAAGCCCGCAGAGACAUGAGGACUGACCGCCGCUCAGCGCUCACCCGGAGGACUGGAGCUCCACACCGGAGGGGUUUUACUGGGUGACGGAGGAGCACAGACUUUAUCCCGGAGAGGAGUCGCCUUAUAAACUCAAAUAACCCCAAAUAAAGCACAGGAAGUGUGUAUCGCCUCGUCCCUGUCCCGUCUCUCUCACUCCCGCGGGUCGAUGAUGGAGGCCAUUGUUCUUGGUUCUGAUUGGUCGUGCGUUCGUUGUACCUUCUUAAACACGGCGGGGUCUCCACGUUGCUCUAUCUGUGAGGCACCACGGAACAAACCUGAUCUGAACAGAAUUCUGCGCCUCAGCAGCUGCUGGACCUGUCCACGCUGCACACUGACCAAUCACAGCGCAUCAGGGGCGUGCUCAGUCUGUGGGGCACCACCCAAUUCGACAAAUGGCCCUACCCCUUCUUCUUCCUCUCCCUCCAUCUCAGAACCCAUUACUUCCAACUCCGAGCCGAAACGGCAGCAUGUGGAUGAGGACUUGAUAAAGAAGUCUGAGCCUAAUGGGGAAGUAGGAAACACUGAAGUGGGUGUGGUAUCAGGAUGGGCGUGUCCUCGGUGCACCCUUGUGAAUACACCCACAGCGAUGUCAUGCUCAGCCUGCGGUGGCCCAAGGAAACUUUCGCUUCCCAAAAUCCCACCCGAGGCACUGGUAGUUCCGGAAGUCCGGACGCCAGUGUCUGGGUUUCCUGCACAAAAUGCUGGGGCAGUCCUUAUUGAUCUCACUGAAGACUCGCCUCCUAACCCUGCCCCUUCUCAGACUCCAUCUCCACCUCCUAACAACACCAACUUCCUUCCUCCUUCCUUGUCCUCUUUGCAAAAUAAUCCUGUUCCUCGCAGCAGACGCGAAGUCCCACCCCCUACUUCCCCCUCAACUGGACCCGCCUCCAAACCUAAGCCUCUCCCUUCCUCAGAACCAAUCAAACGCCUUAGUGUGCUUGAAGAGGAGGAGCCAAGUCCUAACCAUCCAGCCCCACCUUCUUGGAAAUGUCCCGGAUGCUCGGCUCCUUCUGGUCCUUCAGUAUCUUCAGCAGGACGUUGUGAUGCAUGUAGAGGACCACGCCAGGGGACGGGGCCGAGUGCAGAUGUCAUCGAUGUCCUUGGUGAAUCUGUUCGAUUCACUCCAGCCACACCCUCAAGUCCUGACUUUACGUCAUGGGCAUGUUCCAAGUGCACGUUGCGGAAUCCUACAGGGUCGGCACACUGCAGUGCAUGCGGAACCUCCAAACUUCACGGGUUCUCUGAGCCCUUCACUAAAAAGACCUCACACACACCUCGAGGAACAGGGCAAGGGGAGAAGUGGGCAUGUCCAGCAUGCACACUGCUAAACGAGGUGUGUGUGAAGCACUGUGUGGCAUGUCACACAGCUCAACGCUACUUGAGAACCAGAAAGGUGAAGGCACUACGCCGCAGAGAGAGCGUUCACGUGGAACAGCGGAGGAAAACAGAUGAGGGGGAGGCUAAAGAGCUGUGGGAGAACAUUGUCAGCUUCUGCAGAGAGAACGCAGUGAACUUCGUGGAUGACAGUUUUCCUCCUGGUCCCAGAUCAGUGGGCUUCCCGGAGAGUGACAGCGUCCAGCAGCGAAUCAAAAAGUGGCUCCGCCCACACGAGAUCAACUGCAACAACUUUAAGGAUCGUGGGGUGAAGUGGUCAGUGUUCCGAACGCCCCGCCCAUCUGAUAUCCUACAAGGGCUUCUGGGUAACUGCUGGUUCUUGAGUGCAUUGGCUGUGUUAGCGGAGCGUCCCGAGCUGGUGGAGCGAGUGAUGAUCACCCGCUCAAUCUGUCCUGAGGGAGCGUAUCAGGUUCGACUGUGUAAAGAUGGAACGUGGACAACGGUGCUGGUGGACGACAUGCUGCCGUGUGAUGAGUACGGAUACCUGCUGUUCUCACAGGCCCAGAGGAGACAGUUGUGGGUGGCUCUGAUAGAGAAGGCGUUGGCGAAGCUGCAUGGUUCGUAUUUUGCGCUGCAGGCCGGUCGAGCCAUCGAGGGUUUGGCCACUCUGACUGGAGCUCCAUGUGACAGCCUCAACCUGCAGGUGAACAACACCAACCCGCGGGAGGAACCCAUCGACACCGACCUCAUCUGGGCCAAGAUGAUCAGCUCCAAGGAGGCGGGUUUCCUGAUGGGGGCGUCAUGUGGUGGCGGGAACAUGAAGGUGGACGAUGCCGUAUACGAGUCUCUGGGGCUCCGUCCACGACAUGCCUACUCCAUCCUGGAUGUCCGGGACGUUCAAGGCUACAGGCUGCUGCGUCUGAGGAACCCAUGGGGGAGGUUCUCCUGGAACGGCUCGUGGUCAGAUGAGUGGCCUGAUUGGCCACAGCACUUGAGACAUGAGCUGAUGGCUCACGGCAGCAGCGAGGGAGUGUUCUGGAUGGAGUACGGAGACUUCAUCAAGUACUUUGACUCAGUGGAUAUCUGUAAGAUACACUCAGACUGGCAUGAGGUGCGUGUGCAGGGUUCGUUCCCCAGCAGAGCAAGUGGACCAAUCACAGUGAGCGCUCUGACUGUACUGGAGAGAACCGCCCUGGAGUUCGCUCUGUUCCAGGAGGGGAGCAGACGUUCCGACUCCGCAGAUAAUCACCUGUUGGAUCUGUGUAUCAUGGUGUUCCGGGCCUCGUUCUCCAGCGGGAAUAAGCUGACGCUCGGCCGGUUGCUGGCUCACAGUAAGCGUGCGGUGAAGAAGUUCGUAGGCUGUGACGUGAUGCUGGAGCCGGGAGAGUACGCCGUCGUCUGCUGUGCCUUUAACCACUGGAACAGCGGGGGAACACCAGUGUCGAGCCCCACUGCCCCCCCUCGGGCGUGUCCUGAUUCUCCGGGCUUCAUUUUGGCCAUCUACAGCUCCAGACAGGUGAUGGUGGAGCAGGUCGAGGCCACGGCAACCACGCUCGCCGACGCCAUUAUACUGCUGACGGAGAAUAAAGGAGAGAGACACGAGGGCCGUGAGGGUAUGACGUGUUAUUAUCUCACUCAUGGGUGGGCGGGGCUUAUCGUCGUCGUGGAGAACCGACACCCGAAGUUCCACUUGCACGUGUCAUGUGACUGCACAGACAGCUUUAAUGUGGUAUCGACACGCGGCAGCCUGAAGACUAUAGACAGUGUUCCACCACUACACAGGCAGGUUCUGGUGGUUCUCUCUCAGUUGGAAGGGAACGCUGGGUUCUCCAUCACACACCGUCUGGCUCACCGUAAAGCAGCGCAGGCCAAUCUGGGCGACUGGACUCCCACUAAAGCCACACACUCGCCACAGCUCACACCUGAUACAGAGGGACUGCACAAGCCCCGCCCACUCUGACACACGCCCACAUAUGCCCACACACACUCAUGAGGGGCGGAGCAUAGCGGAACUACUGAGCCAAUCCAAUCAUACGACUGCUCCUGGAGCCAAACGCAACACACACGUACACACACACAAGGACGGACAUGAGCUCAAGGAUACCGCCAUUACUGAUACACACUGUGUGUGUGUGUGUGUGUGUGUGUGUGUGUGUGUGUGUGUGUGUGUGAGCCAAACCUGCAGGAAGUCCGAGCAUCUCCUUCGUUUUUAUAUCUGCGUGUCAGGCUGUCUAAAUACCCAAUUAAAUGUCUUUUAUUUUC